AAGCCCAGCGAGGCUCGGGUGCCGCCCCGGAAGGCGCCGUGCCGCAGCCAUGGUGGUGCUGAGCGCGGCGCGCUGGGUGCGCAGCCGCCUCUCGGAUCGCUUCUGGAGGGUGCAGGAGGUGCUCAAGUACGCACGGCAUUUUCGUGGCAGGAAGAACCGCUGCUACACGCUGGCAGUGAGGAGCGUCCGCAGGGCUUUCGUCAGAUCCACCAAGGCCAGGAGGGAGAAGAAGAGAUUCCUCAGAGCGCUCUGGAUCACAAGGAUUGAGGCAGCUUCCCUGGAACACGGUUUGAAGUACCCGGCCUUCAUAAGCAACCUGGUCAAGUCCCAGGUGGAGCUGAACAGGAAAGUUCUGGCUGACUUGGCUAUUUAUGAGCCAAAGACGUUCAAAUCCCUGGCGGCUUUAGCCCAGAGGAGGAGACAGGAAGGGUUCCUGGCUGCCCUGGGAGAUGGAAAAGAACCAGAGGGGAUAUUUUCACGUGUUGUGCACCACCACUAUUGAUACCAGAGUCCGUGCACGUGUUUUAGAAACAGGGAUUUGGUUGUGAAGCAAACCUGCCGUGGGACUGCUGCUGAAAUGGAAAACGUGGAGCAAAUCCUCUGGGCAUCGUCUGGGUGUGAAGCUUCUCCUUGAUGGCUUUUUCCCUGUGUUGUUGUCACUGAAACCUGUUAAAUUAAAAGGUUAGCAGUCAGGCCAUACAGUGAUUUAAUAAAGAUUUUUUUUUUUUUUUGGUAACUGCUAGUAGAAAAAACCCCUCGAUUUGCGUGGUGAAUUCUGGCGCUGAACAGGAAAAACACAGCUGGGAUGGGAGGAGAUGUUUACCCUCACACGUGUUAAGGACGCACGUAGUUUGUACUUCUAAGGAUUUAAUAAAGAUAUUUUUAUUGAUUAAAA